UCAUAUAUAUGUGGGCCUAGCCUUUACCCCUUGGAGUAUAAAUGAAGACAGAAACAACAUAACUUUGCUCUUCAUUGAAAGUUGAAACAAUGGACAGUCUCCCCACAACAACACAACAAGAGAAAAUUGUCCCUGAUGCCUAUGACUGUAAGGGUUUUCCAGCAGAAAGAUCUAAAACUGGUGGUUGGACUUCAGCUUCCAUGAUAUUAGGAGGAGAAGUGAUGGAGAGGUUGACAACACUAGGCAUAACCGUGAAUUUGGUCACAUAUUUAACAGGUACAAUGCAUUUGGGUAACGCUUCCUCUGCCAACAUAGUUACAAAUUUUGUUGGAACUUCAUUUAUGCUUUGUUUGUUCGGUGGCUUUCUAGGCGACACUUACAUUGGAAGAUACCUCAAUAUCGCUGUCUUUGCAGCCGUUCAAGCAACAGGUGUUGCUCUCUUGAUGAUAUCAACUAUAAUUCCAAGCCUAAGUCCUCCAACAUGCAAGGAACAUACAACUUGUGUAAAAGCAAACAAUACACAGUUAACAGUUCUGUUUUUAGCGCUUUAUGUCACUGCACUUGGCACAGGGGGUUUAAAAUCCAGUGUCCCUGGCUUUGGUUCAGAUCAAUUUGAUGCUACUGAUAAAGAAGAGAAGAAACAUAUGGUUAAAUUUCUCAAUUGGUAUUACUUCAUCGUAAACCUAGGAUCUCUUAUGGCGGUGACGGUCCUUGUUUACAUACAAGAUCAUCAGGGUAGAGAUUGGGGUUAUGGUAUAUGUGCUUGUUCUAUUGUGCUAGCACUUGUUGUGUUUUUGUUUGGAACCUGUAAGUAUCGGUACAAGAAACCGGUAGGUAGUCCCUUGACUCAGAUUGCGGUAGUGUUUGUGGCCGCUUGGAGGAAGAGGCACUUGCAAUUGCCUUCUGAUUCCGCAUUGCUCUUUAACGACGAUGCCAUCUUACAUGAACCACCAAGGAUCAAGAAGCAGAGGUUACCGCACAGCAAACAGUUUCGCUUCUUGGACAAAGCGGCAAUCAAGGACUAUGAAAGUGCUGGUGGAAUCGUGAAGAUAAGUAAGUGGUGUCUCUCUACCUUAACCGAUAUAGAAGAAGUGAAAUUGGUGCUAAGAAUGCUCCCUAUAUGGGCAUCAACCAUCGUGUUUUGGACUGUUCAAGUUCAAAUGAUGACACUCUCGGUAUCACAGGCAACCACUAUGGAUCGCCACAUUGGAAAAUCAUUUCAAAUCCCAGCAGCAUCAAUGACAUCCUUUUUAAUUGGAACUAUUCUCUUGAAUGUCCCUUUUUAUGACCGUGUCAUUUGUCCAAUUGCAAGGAAAGUACUUAAAAACCCACAAGGGCUUACCCCUUUACAGCAUACUGGAGUUGGUUUAGUUCUUUCAAUCUUAUCUAUGGUUGCAGCAGCUCUUGUCGAAGAAAAGCGAUUAAUAUUUGCACAAUCACAUGGUUUGGUGAAUGAUCCAACGGCAAAGAUUCCAUUAAGUGUUUUCUGGUUGAUACCGCAAUUUUUCAUUGUGGGAUCGGGAGAGUCUUUCAUGUAUAUGGGACAACUAGACUUUUUUCUCAGAGAAUGUCCAGAUGGGAUGAAAACUAUGAGCAUGGGACUAUUCUUGAGUUCAAGAUCCUUAGGAUUUUUCUUCAGCUCUUUAUUAGUGUCUACAGUGAAUAAAAUAACAGGUCCAAGUAAACCAUGGAUUGCAGAUAAUCUUAACCAAGGGAGGCUUAAUUAUUAUUACUGGCUUUUGGCUAUGUUGAGUGCUAUAAAUUUGAUGAUAUACUUGGCUUGUGCAAAGUGGUAUGUGUACAAGGAUAAGAAGGUUGCUGAGGAAGGCAUGGAAGAGUAAACUGAUGUAUGAACAGAAUGUUUACUGAAAUAACAAAAAAAAAUAUUAUGUUUGGUGUUAAAUUAUUUCAGAGAAGACUUUAUUUUUUAUUUGUUAAUAUUUGGUUUAGUUAUACUAAUAUUCCAAUUAUUAUUGUUCUUGGACAAAGGUUGUAUUGUUCUGACAUAGAAUUGGAAGGGAAAAAAAAAACAUAAGUACUACUUUCCAUCUAUAAGAACUUUCUCCUAUCACCCUUUUCUCUCAUUUUAUUUAUUGUAAUAAUAUGCUGUUUGUAUUGGCAACAGAAACAAUACAUAGCAUUUGGUUACCAUAAUCAAGUUUUGUAAUAUAUCAGAUUAUUUUGGAAAGAAUAUAUGAUUUUUAGUUAAAGCAAUUGUGAGGAGCCAAUCAUUCUAUCCUUAUUGAGAUGGCUCAAGACAAGAAUAUAAGAGUAUAAGACUAUCUCAUUUGUUGAUAAGUUCAA